AGCAGCUGUUUCCAGGACCUCCAGACAGAAGAGCUGAAGCUUCAUCUGACGCUGAAGUGACGGAAAAAAGGUGAUCUUCAAUCUGCAUCAUGGUGACUCUGAAUGUACUGAUGUUUCUUUGUGCCUUGACGGCUCUGAGUCGAGCUGCUGGUGCCAGCAAGGAAACUAAUAUUGAAGAAACAUUUUAUGAAGCCGAAGCUGGAAACUGGACAGAUCCAGCAGAUGUAAAAAAUGAACCAGAAGCUGAGGAAGCAGCUCCACAGGCAACAAAUGAUCUGUUUAAGAGUUCAUGUCCUGCUGGUUGGAGUCAGUUCAACCGUCGCUGCUUCAUCUACAUCCCAAGAACCAUGACUUGGGCAGCAGCCCAGAGAAACUGCGUGUCUUUGCAGGCAACCCUUGCAUCCGUCCACAGCUUUCAGGAGUACCAAAACAUUCAGAGGGUGAUAACAACUGCAACUCACGGAUCACCAAAUACAUGGAUUGGAGGCUCUGAUGCUCAGGAGGAAGGCCUUUGGCUGUGGAGCGAUGGGAGUCCCUUCCUCUACACAAACUGGUGCCCUGGAGAGCCAAAUAAUAACAUAAAUCAGCACUGCAUUCAAAUGAACGAUGGAGGAUCCAGGUGCUGGGAUGACAUGGGAUGCCACCAGUAUCGUCCGUCAGUCUGUGCCAAAAACAUCUGACGUCUCACUCCGACAGAAAUCCAACAAACACGGCUGGACGUCUUAUGUGUUUCUGAUUUUACAUUUUAGCGAUCAAACUUGGUUCAAAAUUUAAAAAGUUUUUAAACAUUUUCUCUGUAUGACAAUUAAAUAAUCAAGAUAUAAAUAACUUGUCUUUGUAUCUGAAACAGACUUGAUGUGUAUUUGUAUUCAUGUCAU